UAUCGAUUCCCAUGAUAUUAUAUAAAUCAAUGAUAUGUUUUAUAUAUGAAUAUAAUUUUGAAUUUAUGAUGCUGCAACAUUUAAUGUGUAUUUAUAGUAUAUUAAUAUCUUUUGAAGGAAGAAAAUAUUAAAGAUAUUUACUAAAGAUUAAAUAAUAUAAUAUAAGAAAAUAACUGCGUUCGAAACUGCGUACGAUAACUGCAUUUAAUAUCGCAAUAUCGUACUCUUACUUGUACUCUUUGUACAAAGUAUAUAGCAUAGAAUAAUAUAAGAAUAUCAAAAAGAAUUAUAAAAAUUUCAAUACCUGAAAUUUGUCCUUUACAAACAUAAAUUUAAUAAAAAAAAAAAGUAAUAAAUAUAAUAUUUAUAUGACAGUUGAUAGAAAUAAUAUUCGAACCUUCUUUCUAGAAAUUAAAACUGAAUAAUUUUUAAUGUUUGUAGAAAAUGAUGCGUAUAAAAUGGAUUAAAAAUAUCUUAGAACUCAGGAGCAAAAAAACAUUAUUAGAAAAAAGAUAUGUUUUUCCUCAAAUGUGUUCUACCUUAAGAUUUAGUAUCACUUCUAAAAGAAAUGAAACAAUUAAAAAUGAUGAAAUUGAAAAUAAUAUUAAAAGAAGAAAGCCUAUAAAAUUUUCAACAUCUAAAGCAUCAAAAUUUUUUUCUGAAAGAACAUCGAAAGAUGCUCCACGAUAUCAAGAAACAGUUGUAAUGACAUGUUUUGCUAUCUUUUUAAUAUACUUUUGUAUUUUGAGAGAAGAAAAUGAUAUUGAUGAAGCUAUGGCAAAGAAUAUACCACCAGAAAUUUUAAGACAAAUAUAUGGAAAAUAAAAGGAAUAAAGGAAUGUAAAUUUCUAAAAUUAGAAAAUAAUUAGAAAUAAAAUUAGAAGAAAUGAAGUAGAUUAUUUAUAUUUCAUAAAUAUAAAAUGUAUUUCCCAAUUAAAUAGAACUUUAAAUAAAUAAUUAAAAUUUAUUCAUUA